AUGGCACUCCAUUUAUGUAUAGUAUCCUUUAUGAAAAAUUAUGAACCAGAAAAACGCCCAAAUACAAAAGAGGUUGUCUCAAUGCUUAAAAAAAUGGCUUCUCCUGAAGUAAAUCAUGAAAAAAAAGGCAAUCCAUCAACGUAUGAUGAAUCUAGCCUUAAAUCUGAUGUAUCAAGUGAAAUAAAGAUUGAUAAUGAUGAUUUGAUAUUAGAUGAAUUAUUCGAUCAAUUUAAAAAUAUUAAAUCUAAAGCAAUUCACGUUUGUUAA